CCUUCCUUCCCCGCAUUUUUCACCCCCUUGCCAUCCACCUCCUCCAUUUCGUGCCUGAGCAGUAAUGGCAUCCCUUUUGAGAAUGUUCAACGCGUCCUUGAUUCGCCGUCCGUACACUGCCCAGUGCGCGACCGCUGCUGUUCUGUUUGGUACGGGCGACAUCAUUGCUCAGCAGGCCAUCGAGAAGCGGGGGAAGAACCACGAUUUCGCUCGUACCGCUAGGCUCACGUUUUAUGGUGGUGCACUGUUUGGACCGGCCAUCACGAAGUGGUUCCAGGUAUUGAACCGCAUCCAGUUCUCUAGCCCUACGAAAGCGGUCGUCUACCGUGUAUGGCUUGACCAAUUCUUGCUCACGCCGGGGGCUGUGGCCUUUUUCUUUGGCUCUAUGAGUAUCAUGGAGGGCAAGGGCAUUUCAGGCGCACAGGAGCGGAUUAGCUCGGCAUAUGUCCCCACGCUCCUUCGUAACUGGGGCGUCUUUAUUCCAACUCAGAUAAUUAACUUCGCCAUCGUUCCCCCUCACCUGCGCUUCGUGGUUGUCAGCGUCGUCAGCUUGUUUUGGAACACUUAUCUAAGCGCCACUAAUGCAAGGCAACAAAACCUCGCGAUCGAGAACAAGAUCGAGGACGUCACGGAGGCGGUCAAGGAGAAGGUUGAAUAAGCAAAUACCUGGUCCCGCAGAAUGAAUAAUAGACAGUACAUAACGCAUACGUUACUCGCACAUCCAUGGACUCUUAAUACCUUCAAGUCCCAUCAGUACGUUAGAGUACACCACAUAGAGCUUUCCUUGAC